AUGGAGGACGAUGCCAUUCCGGACCUUCUUCUAGACUGGAGCGCAAUAUUGCUUUACAAGGAUCUCGGGAAUCUCAACCUCUCGGUUUUAGUCAUAAUUUUCAUUGCUUUCGCUACCUUAUAUUUCAUCUACAACAAUGGCGAGCGACGAUUUCGGGUCUAUCCCUCGCAAAUUGUCAACGAAUGUCGUCGAAAUUAUGUGCUCAUUACCGGCUGCGAUUCGGGAUUUGGCCGAGAAUUGGCGUUGAAAUUAGUGGAGAGAGGGAUGAACGUGUUCGCAACGUGCCUAACCGAGAUGGUAGGUCAUUAAAAAACAGAAUUUUUACUUACAUUUUAGCCACUUUUAAGUGCCCGAACAAACGAUUUUUCAAACGAAAACAAAUAUUUUCAAAAUUGUUUUACAGUAACAGACCUGAUCCAGUGACGAAAAAAGUGCCAUUUUGUAUCCAGGAAGGCUCGAAAACGCAACAAAGUACCUUCCUCUCCAAGUAAAAAACUCCGUUUUCGCUCUUUCCCUCACAAAAAGAACUUGGAGAGGGAGGUAUUUUGCCACAUUUUUUGAGACUUCCCGGAUGCAAAAUGAUACGUUUUUUUUGCCCCUGGAUAAGGUCCGCUACUGUGUUUGUAAAAUAAAUACAGGGGGGGACCUGAUCCAGUGGCAAAAAAACGUACCAUUUUGCAUCCGGGAAGUAUCAAAAAUGUGGCAAAAUACCUCCCUCUCCAAGUGAAAAAACUCCGAUUUCAAAAGCGCGCCCGCUCUCUUUGUGAGCGAAAGGGGCGAAACGAAGUUUUUUCACUUGGGAAGGAAGCAUUUUGCCACAUUUUUUGAGACUUCCCGAAUGCAAAAUUAUACGUUUUUGCCACUGGAUCAGGUCCGCUACUGUGCUUUGUAAAAUAAAUACAACUGAAUCUCCAUUUUUUCAGGGAGAAGAACAGAUGAAACGGGACUGUCUACAAUUUUGCGGAGCUGUCCAAACUAUUCGAUUGGACAUUACAAAACAACAAUCGGUGGAUCAGUGCUUCGCUGUGGUCACGGGGAUCUUGAACAGACAGGUAAAGCUCUCAAAAAUAGUUGGAAUUUGUCACAAGGAAAGCACUUCUAUGGGUCAUGGAGUUACAGGUAGAGACAUACAUCAAAAAAAUCGUAAGAAUUUUCUGAUUCAGAAUAUGUAAAAGUUAGCCGCAUAAUUUUGGUCUGCAAUGGUGUAAAACCCCCAGAACUUUUCUCGGAACACCAUGCAAAUGCCCCCUUUUUUAUAUUUGAAGUAUUAAUUAAGGCGUAGUAUUAAUCAAAUUUUAUAUUGUAAGGCUUGUGAAGGUGCCAGGGUUUACUGUAGCUCAAAACAAAGCUUUUGAUUCGGUAAAAACUUGGCCAAAAAGACAUUGCCACAGUUAAUACUACACCUUAAUUAGUAGUUCCAAUAUAAAAAAGGGCCAUUUGUGUGGUGUUGCGAGACAAGUUCUGAGGAUUUUUUUCACCCUUACAAACCAAAAUUAGGCAGCUAACUUUUACACAUCCUGAAUCAAAAAAAUUUUGCGAAUUUUUGAUGUAUGUCUCGACCUGUAACUCCACACCCCCUAGAGGUACUUUCCUUGGAAAAAUUCUACUUCAUUAGCGCAUCAUAAACCCUUUUUUCAGAAAGCCAAACUCUGGGCUCUGGUCAACAACGCCGGGUUUUGCGCCAUCUACGGCCCAAACGAUUGGGUAACAAUGGAUGAGUACAAAACCUCGAUCGAGAUCAACUUGCUGGGCACGAUUCGGAUGACGAAAACGUUCACGCCGCUUUUGAAACGCUCUCGCGGGCGGCUGGUCACAAUGGUCUCGAUUUCGGGCCGAAUUCACGGCUUCUACACGGCACCCUAUGUGACGGCCAAGUACGCGCUACAAGGUUUUAUGGACUCGGUGCGGCUUGAACUCCGGCCUUUCGGAGUUUCGGCGCACAUCAUUGAGCCGGGGGCGUUCAAAACGACGCUUUUGAAUAAGAAUGCAAUGCUGGAAAGAGUGAACGUCACUUGGAACAAACUGUCCAAGGAUGUUCAGGAGGAAUAUGGAGAGGAGUUCAAGGAAAAUUGUAAGUCAAAAAAGGAAUUUGGAGAGGAAAUUCUCAAGAUGCGCGUAGAUUUUGAUGAAACUGGGAAAUCUAGAUCAUAGAUUUCGGAGAUAUAUCAGUUCGUCGGGAAAAUAAUGCGGAUUUUUCACAGCAAAAUGCCUCGUCUUUUCGCAGUCGCGCUUCAAAUCUCCACAGCGGCUAGCCAUCGCAAAGCGAUGAUAGACAAUUUCGAGGCGCGACAAAUCCACAUUAUUUUCCCGACAGACUGACGUAUCUCCGAAAUUUAUGACGUAUAUAGUACGGGAUCUGAUCCAGUGGCAAAAAAUGUGCCAUUUUGCAUCCGGGAAGUAUCAAAAAUGUGGCAAAACGCUUCCCUCUCCAAUUGAAAACUCCGAUUUCAAAAGCACAUCCGCUCUUUUUGUGAGGGAAAGGUCGCGCCCUUCAAAACGACGUUUUUUUCACUUGGAGAGGGAAGUACUUUGCCACAUUUUUGAUGCUUCCCGGAUGCAAAAUGGUACAUUUUUUGCCACUGGAUCAGGUCCCCCACUAUCUAGACCAUAGAUUUCGGAGAUAUAACAGUCUGUCGGGAAAAUAAUGUAGAUUUGUUGCGCCUUUGAAUUGCCCAUCACCGCUUUGCGACGCUGGAGAUUUGAAGCGCGACUGCGAAAAGGCGAGAGAUUUUGCUGUGAAAAUACACAUUCUUUUCCCGACAAACUGAUAUAUCUCCGAAAAUUAAGAUCAAUAUCCUUCCGUGCUAUCUAUCACAAAAAAAAUUUCAACCAUUAAACCCUACUGAUUUCCAGUUAUUUCGCAAUGGAUGAGUGGAGUCGAUUUGGUUGCCAACCCCAAUCUCUCCGAAGUAAUCAACGCCUACAUGCAUGCAAUUCUCUCCACUCGCCCCAAAACCCGAUACGUCUGCGGGUUGGACGCUCGGUUACUGUUUAUGCCCUUGAGUUUUCUCCCAUCCGCAUUCCAAGAUUUUAUUUUGGAAUUUCUGCCGCGGCUUCAACUGGCGCCGGCGCUAAUUCCCAGAGCCACUCGCAAACAACCAUCGUACGGCCCUCCCGCGCCCGUAGCCAAGGUUUUGAUCGAUGAGAAUCGAAACGAAAAACUGCCAAACGGUGAUAUUGUGAAUCACAUAGAAAUGUUGAAAUAG